AUGGCAGAUCAAAUAAGAAAUUCAUCUAGGAAAGAAAUGCUAACAUAUUCAUAUCUUCUUAUUUACAUUUCCCUCUCUAGCGGUCAAAUUUUCUUUAACAAGUGGGUUUUGUCAUCGAAAGAGAUUAACUUUCCAUAUCCUCUCGGCCUAACGCUACUUCAUAUGGUAUUCUCCUCUGUGAUAUGUUUUGUACUCACCAAAGUUACCAAGAUAAUGGAAGUCCAAAAAGGAAUGACUCUCGAAAUAUACACCACGUCAGUCUUUCCAAUUGGUGCAAUGUUUGCAGUGACUCUUUGGCUUGGAAACACUGCAUACCUCUAUAUAUCCGUAUCAUUUGCCCAAAUGUUAAAAGCAAUAAUGCCCGUAGUCGUUUUUGCUCUUGGUGUAGCAGUUGGACUCGAAGCAAUGAGUUGCAGCAUGCUUCUUAUAAUGUCUGUAAUAAGCUUUGGAGUUUUAGUGGCAUCUUAUGGAGAAAUCAACAUCAAUUGGGUUGGCGUUGUUUAUCAAAUGGGAGGUGUUGUUGGUGAAGCAUUGAGGCUCAUAUUCAUGGAGAUUUUGGUGAAAAGAAAGGGUGUUAGAUUAAACCCCAUUUCCAUGAUGUUUUAUGUUAGCCCAUGCAGCGCUGUAUGCUUGUUUGUUCCAUGGAUCUUCUUGGAGAUGCCAAAGAUGGAGUCAUGGAGCUUUCGGCCUUUGGUGCUAGCUUUUAAUUCCCUUUCUACUUUUGCUCUCAAUUUAUCGGUUUUUCUUGUGAUACAACAUACAAGUGCUUUAACUAUUCGUGUUGCUGGAGUUGUUAAAGAUUGGGUGGUUGUCUUGUUGUCUGCCAUCCUUUUUGCCGAUACUAAGCUCUCCAUGAUCAAUCUCUUCGGUUAUGCUAUAGCCAUUGGUGGUGUAGCUGCAUACAAUAACCACAAGUUAAAAAAAGAAAUAAUCCGAUCUACACCAGAUGCAUCUCUUCACUCCCAGAAUGGAUUCAAAAAUCAAAUCUGUCUCCAUACCACUUUCUGGAAAUUGGUCGUUCUAAAGCCAAUAGAUAAAUUGAGCAAUCUCAACCAAUGGAAGAUAAAGAUCUACCUUUCACAGAAAUUCUUCAUCCCAAUCGCAUCAAUGGUUUAA